CCCGUUUGGAAGUCAAACAUUACAUCCUGCGUUGCGACGUCGAACAGCUCCUUCCCGUGUGCGAAAGAACACAAACCGACGAUCAUCUUCAGACAAUCCUUCCCUGUAUUUAUUGAACUGAUUAAUCUCACAAUUCACAGGGUUUUGGAUGAAUUACGUCAGUGAUACCGUACCCCCUAACGCAAUAAUAUACUUCAAUUCCUGAUGGUCGAUCCCUCUGAUGGUUCUUGUUCUUUUUGUGUUUUUUCCACUGAAGUCAUCGUAAAGUUUACAACGAAUUGGUGGGCUCAUUUUUAUGCUGAAUUGAACUGAGAGAGGAAUAAGUUGCUGGAGUAAAUAAAAGGAUGUCGUCACCAACGUCGACGUUGACGGCGGCGCAGAAGUACGCCGCCGGGGCACUGUUCGCGUUGGCUCUGCACCAGGCGCAGAUCCACCAGACACGCCCUUUGGGGUUUCCCACUGAAGACGAAGAGGGCGAGGACGGCCUGUCGGAGGAGCGCGUCAGCACAAGCAGCAGUUCCGACUCUGUUUCCGGUGACCCCCAGCUAUGGGCCCACCAGUCCUCCGGCCUUCUUCGACCCAUCUUCAAGUUUUUAGAAAUUGAUAGCAGAGCAUGGGAAGGGCUGGAGGAAACGGUGGCAUAUUCACCUGCCAAGCAUCAUGUGGGAGCUUUUUUAAGGCUACUUGCUGCAGAAAGCAGCGACAUACCAGAAGAAGCUGUUGAUGCAGAACGUGCUUUAGCAAAUGGUGUAGAUGCUAUGUCAUUGAGCAUGGAGACCACUCCUGAUUAUGAGUCCAAAAGGGACAAGCAACGUGAUUAUGAGCAUGCGUGUCGAGAGAAGUUUUCGACCCCUGAUACUAAUGCGGAAUCAAAAGCUGAAGAUAACAAUAUUUCCGAUCAGAAUCCUCAUGAAGAGCACGCUAUUACUUCUAUUGUUGAGGAAACCCCUGUACAAUCUAUCUGUGUAUCUGAUGAAGAAAUGCUUAGUUAUCCAAGGAAAGUGACUGUUCUUUAUGCCCUUCUUUUAGCUUGUCUAACUGAUAAUGGUGAUGGUAACGAGAGAUCUCCCAGGAGAAGAAAGGGCUAUGAUGCCAGACAUCGCGUGGCAUUGAGGUUAAUAGCAACCUGGUUUGAUGUGAAGUGGAUAAAAAUGGAAGCAAUUGAGACAAUGGUUGCAUAUUCAGCAAUGGCUCUUCAAAAAGAGGAGGAGGUCAAAGAAGAGGCUGAGUCGUCUAAAGGUUCAUGGGCCAAGUGGAAACGUAGAGCUAUCAUAGGUGCUGCUGCAGUAACGGGAGGGACCCUGCUGGCAGUUACUGGAGGUUUAGCUGCUCCGGCUAUUGCUGCUGGAUUUGGUGCUUUAGCACCUACACUAGGAACUAUUAUCCCUGUCAUAGGAGCAAGUGGGUUUGCUGCUGUUGCUACAGCUGCUGGAAGUGUUGCAGGUUCUGUUGCAGUUGCCGCUUCCUUUGGUGCUGCAGGAGCUGGACUCACUGGGAGCAAAAUGGCCAGGAGAAUUGGAGAAGUUGAUGAGUUUGAGUUCACAACUAUAGGAGAAAGCCAAAACCAAGGACGACUGGGGGUUGAAAUUUCCAUUUCUGGAUUUGUUUUUGAGGAAGAGGACUUUAUUAAACCUUGGGAAGGGCAUAAUAAUAACAUGGAAAGGUAUGCAUUGCAGUGGGAGUCUAAGCAUCUAAUUGCUGUAAGCACUGCUAUUCAAGACUGGCUUACUUCAAGAAUUGCCAUGGAAAUGAUGAAACAAGGUGCCAUGAUGACUGUACUAAAAACUAUCAUGGCAGCUCUGGCUUGGCCUGCCACAUUACUUGCUCUUACUGAAUUCAUUGACACCAAAUGGACUAUUGCUGUGAACAGAUCUGAUAAGGCAGGUAAACUUCUUGCUGAAGUAUUACUGAAGGGGUUGCAAGGACACAGACCUGUGACACUAGUAGGUUUUUCACUUGGUGCAAGAGUGAUUUUCAGAUGCCUUCAGAUUCUGGCUGAAAGUGAAUCUAAUGCUGGACUUGUGGAAAGAGUUGUUCUACUUGGGGCUCCCAUACCAAUUCGUGACACUAAUUGGGAAGCCACUCGAAAGGUGGUAUCUGGGAGAUACGUGAAUGCAUAUUCUACAAAUGAUUGGACGCUUGGAGUUGCAUUUCGUGCCAGCCUUCUCAGCACAGGAUUGGCGGGGAUUCAGCCGGUUGAUGUGCCUGGCAUUGAAAAUGUUGACGUAACCGAGGUCAUCGAUGGUCACUCUUCUUACUUAUGGAGAACCCAACAGAUCUUGGAACAGCUUGAGCUUGACACCUACUAUCCCGUUUUCAAUCGACGUGUUGUGCCGAUGUAGCAUAAUCUAAUCAAAUCAAAUCAAAGGAAGGAGUUGCAGAGCAUGGCAGAGGUGAGUUGGGUGAGGUAUCUAUCUAUCUCUCUUCUGGUUGGUUCAGCCAUGCUUCUUCUUGUUCUUCCCUUUCCUCCCCUGUUUAAAGAAGUCUUAUUACUUUAAAAGUUCAAAUUGCAUUUAAUGGAGAGAGCCACUCAUAAGAUGAAGAAUUGGUUUACUUCAUACAAUUCGCUUUAGCAUUCAUUAAUUAGUUAUUAAGAGUAUGAUCA